AUGCAGCUGUGGAAGGCAGUGGUGGUGACCCUGGCCUUCAUGAGUUUGGACGUCGGCAUGACCACAGCCAUCUACAUCCUUAGCCACCUGGACCGCAGCCUACUGGAGGACAUCCGCCACUUCAACAUCUUUGACUCGGUGCUGGACCUCUGGGCGGCCUGCCUGUACCGCAGCUGCCUGCUGCUGGGGGCCACCAUCGGCGUGGCCAAGAACAGCACCCUGGGGCCCCGGAGGCUGCGGGCCUCGUGGACGGUCAUCGCCCUCGUGUGCCUCUUUGGGGGCAUCUACACCAUGGUGAAGCUGCUGCUCUUCUCCGAGGUACGCAAGCCAGUCCGGGACCCGUGGUUUUGGGCCCUCUUCGUGUGGACCUACGUUUCACUCGCUGCCUCCUUCCUGCUCUGGUGGCUGCUGUCCACGGUGCAGCCAGACGCCAAGGCCCUUGGGCGGGGUGCCGGGGCCGAGGGCGAGGGUGAGGGCGAGGGCUUCCCUGGGGAGGGCCGGCCCGCGCCCGAGCAGGCGUCCGGGGCCACGCUGCAGAAGCUGCUGUCCUACACCAAGCCCGACAUCGCCUUCCUCGUGGCGGCCUCCUUCUUCCUCAUCGUGGCGGCUCUGGGAGAGACCUUCCUUCCCUACUACACUGGCCGGGCCAUCGACGGCAUCGUCAUCCAGAAAAGCAUGGAGCAGUUCAGCACGGCUGUCAUCGUCCUGUGUGUGCUGGCCAUUGGCAGCUCAUUUGCCGCAGGUAUUCGGGGCGGCAUUUUUACCCUCAUAUUUGCCAGACUGAACAUUCGUCUCCGUAACCGUCUCUUCCGCUCGCUGGUGUCUCAGGAGACAAGCUUCUUUGACGAGAAUCGCACAGGGGACCUCAUCUCCCGCCUCACCUCGGACACCACCAUGGUCAGCGACCUGGUCUCCCAGAACAUCAACAUCUUCCUGCGGAACACGGUUAAGGUCACAGGCGUGGUGGUCUUCAUGUUCAGCCUCUCGUGGCAACUCUCGUUGGUCACCUUCAUGGGGUUCCCCAUCAUCAUGAUGGUGUCCGACAUCUAUGGCAAGUACUACAAGAGGCUCUCCAAAGAGGUCCAGAGUGCUCUGGCCAGAGCCAGCAGCACAGCCGAGGAGACCAUCAGCGCCAUGAAGACAGUGCGGAGCUUUGCCAACGAGGAGGAGGAGGCGGAGGUGUACUCGCGGAAGCUGCAGCAAGUGUACAAGCUGAACAGGAAGGAGGCCGCAGCCUACAUGUACUACGUCUGGGGCAGCGGGCUCACACUGCUUGUGGUCCAGGUCAGCAUCCUCUACUACGGGGGCCACCUCGUCAUCUCGGGGCAGAUGACCAGUGGCAACCUCAUCUCCUUCAUCAUCUAUGAGUUUGUCCUGGGAGACUGUAUGGAGUCCGUGGGCUCUGUCUACAGCGGCCUGAUGCAAGGAGUAGGGGCCGCUGAGAAGGUGUUCGAGUUCAUUGACCGGCAGCCAACCAUGGUGCACGACGGGAGCUUGGCCCCUGACCACCUGGAGGGCCGGGUGGACUUUGAGAACGUGACCUUCACCUACCGCACUCGGCCCCACACCCAAGUCUUGCAGAACGUGUCCUUCAGCCUGUCCCCAGGAAAGGUGACUGCACUUGUGGGGCCGUCGGGCAGUGGGAAAAGCUCAUGCGUCAACAUCCUGGAGAACUUCUACCCCCUGGAGGGGGGCCAGGUGCUGCUGGACGGGAAGCCCAUCGGCGCCUAUGACCACAAGUACUUACACCGCGUGAUCUCCCUGGUGAGCCAGGAGCCAGUGUUGUUCGCCCGCUCCAUCACAGACAACAUCUCCUACGGUCUGCCCACUGUGCCCUUCGAGACAGUGGUGGAGGCUGCCCAGAAGGCCAACGCCCACGGCUUCAUCAUGGAGCUGCAGGACGGCUACAAUACAGAGACAGGGGAGAAGGGUGCCCAGCUGUCCGGGGGCCAGAAGCAGCGGGUGGCCAUGGCCCGGGCUCUGGUGCGGAACCCACCCGUUCUCAUCCUGGAUGAAGCCACCAGCGCCCUGGAUGCAGAGAGCGAGUAUCUGAUCCAGCAGGCCAUCCACGGCAACCUGCGGAAACACACGGUGCUCAUUAUCGCGCACCGGCUGAGCACGGUGGAGCGGGCGCACCGCAUCGUGGUGCUCGACAAGGGCCGCGUGGUGCAGCAGGGCACACACCAGCAGCUGCUGGCCCAGGGCGGCCUCUACGCCAGGCUGGUGCAGCGGCAGAUGCUGGGGCUUGAGCCCACCGCGGACUACACAGCCGGCCACAGGGAGCCGCCGGGCAACGGCAGUCACAAGGCCUGA